AUGAAAAAUUUAGGUGGUAGGUCUAAGUCACUUGUAUGGAGAACUUACGCUAAACAGGGUGAACAAGAAUCAGACAGUCACUAUGAGGCCACUUGUGACAAUCUAAUUGAAGUUAUUGAUGAUGAUUAUGAAAGUGAUGAUAUAGAAGCAAGAAUAUUUGAUGAGGAGAAUGAUUUGAUGAUUAGCAGAGAGUUAAAUUUGGACGCAAAUGCAGAUUUGGACAAAAUUAUUGAAGAUAGCGACAAUAUAGGAGAAGGAAAAUAUACAAGAUAUAGUUAUAUCAGAAAAUGAAAGUAGUAUAGAAUGGGACC